AGACUGAACUGGAGUGGGGCGGUGGUGGUUGGCUGCUUGAGGACGGGUCCCUGGUCGUGCCUGUCAGAGAGGCUGGCGGCAGUGGCGGCUCUCCUGGCUGGGUUGUCAGUCAGUGAGAGGAGGGGGAAGAUGGCUCGCCGGGACCCGUUCUGCUAGGAAGAAGGGGAGCAGGUGGUGCUGCCACUCGGGAGGAAGCAGAGCAGCCGCCGUCGCUGUCGCUGAGAGUCUCACGAGUCGAGGUCCUGCAGGUGGAGCUCCGAUAGCCGCUCUGGUUGAAGGUUUAGAACAGAUGUGGAAAAAUGUUUACUUCAGAGAAAGGGGUUGUGGAGGAAUGGUUGUCAGAGUUUAAGACAUUACCAGAAACAUCUUUACCAAAUUAUGCCACAAAUUUGAAAGACAAGAGUUCUUUAGUUUCAUCUCUCUAUAAAGUUAUCCAAGAGCCACAAAGUGAGUUGCUAGAACCUGUCUGUCACCAGCUCUUUGAAUUCUAUCGCAGUGGAGAAGAGCAGUUGCUUCAAUUUACGCUGCAAUUUCUCCCAGAACUAAUUUGGUGCUACCUUGCCGUCUCAGCCAGCAGAAAUGUGCAUAGCAGUGGAUGCAUUGAAGCUCUUCUUCUAGGGGUUUACAAUUUGGAAAUAGUUGACAAACAGGGACAUACCAAAGUAUUGAGUUUUACGAUUCCAUCUUUAUCCAAACCAUCUGUAUACCAUGAACCUUCCAGCAUUGGGUCCAUGGCUCUGACCGAGAGUGCACUAUCCCAGCAUGGUUUGUCAAAAGUGGUAUACAGUGGACCUCAUCCUCAAAGGGAGAUGCUGACAGCACAGAAUAGGUUUGAAGUGUUGACAUUCCUUUUGUUGUGUUACAAUGCUGCCUUAACCUAUAUGCCCAGUGUUUCUCUUCAGUCACUGUGUCAAAUUUGUUCAAGAAUCUGUGUUUGUGGAUAUCCUCGACAACAUGUAAGAAAAUACAAAGGUAUAAGUAGCAGGAUACCAGUUUCUUCAGGAUUCAUGGUGCAAAUGUUAACAGGGAUUUAUUUUGCCUUUUAUAAUGGAGAAUGGGAUCUAGCUCAAAAAGCACUGGAUGAUAUUAUAUACAGAGCCCAGCUAGAAUUAUAUCCAGAGCCAUUGCUGGUUGCUAAUGCAAUAAAGGCUUCAUUGCCUCAUGGUCCCGUGAAAUCUAAUAAGGAAGGUACAAGGUGUAUUCAAGUUGAAAUCACACCAACUUCCUCUCGAAUAUCAAGAAAUGCAGUAACCAGCAUGUCAAUAAGGGGUCAUAGGUGGAAAAGACAUGAGCAACCUGACAACAAUAAUGAUGCUACUGAAUUGGGCAUCCUUGUCAUUCCUGAGAUUAGUGUCACAAAUGUGGCCGGAGAGAGAACCGGGAAUGGGGAAAAAGGCAGAACACUAGGAGAGAUUGAUGCUCAGCAUAUACAGGGUGUGCAGGAAACAGCCACAGAUCCUAGAACUGAGAGCAAAGGCUUGCCAGAGAUCAGGAGGCAAAAAUCUGUAAGAAAAAUGAUGGAGGAUGGAAUAAACUCACCUGGCAGAGUGCAGUUUUAGCAGAGCACUUUAUAGCUGCACUCCAAGGAAAUACAGAAUUAACAGGUCAAGAAGAACUGAUGGAGAUAUCUGAAGUUGACGAGGGAUUUUAUUCCAGGGCUGCGUCUAGUACCAGCCAGUCGGGUUUAUCAAACAGUAGUCACAAUUGUAGUAACAAGACAAGUAUAGGAAAGAACCACAGACGGUCAGGAGGAAGCAAAACUGGAGGAAAAGAAAAAGAAACUACAGGGGAAUCUUGCAAAGAUCACUUUGCUCGAAAACAAACUCAGAGAGCCCAAAGUGAGAAUCUUGAGCUUCUCUCUUUGAAGAGACUUACUUUAACAACCAGCCAAUCCCUACCUAAGCCUAGUAGCCAUGGUUUGGCUAAGACCGCAGCGACUGUAUUUAGUAAAUCCUUUGAACAAGUCAGUGGUGUCACAGUCCCACAUAACCCAUCAUCUGCUGUUGGUUGUGGGGCUGGGACAGAUGCCAAUAGGUUUUCCGCUUGUAGUCUCCAAGAAGAAAAGCUUAUUUACGUUUCAGAAAGAACUGAACUUCCAAUGAAGCAUCAAUCAGGUCAGCAGAGACCUCCUAGUAUUAGCAUUACUCUGUCCACAGAUUAAUUAGUAACAUAUUUUUCUCCCAUAACCCAGUGAACCUGGAAAUACAACUUUGCUUCUUUAUGAAAGUACCCUGGGUCUUUCAUCCAUAUUCUUGACAGGAGCCCUGAUGUCUUAAAUUCUGAAGGCUCCCCUGACUUUAUGAAGGGAAGAUUGUCUAGGUUGCAGUAAGUUGAAAUAUGGUUUUGUUAUUUCUUGAUUAAGAUUUUUUCCCAUUGGUUUGAGUCUUUUUUUUUUCCCUCCUCUUAUUUGUUAUUGUUGCCCUAAGAUUGUCAGUGACAAUAAAUUUUGACAGGUUGUCUAAUCAAGCUGGUUAUGUCUCAUGUGAGGUUGUAAGGUGGUUUUUCUUGUUUUGGUUUGGUUUGGUUUUUUAAUAGCUCCUAUUCUGGUGGCUGUGUGUUUGGCCUUCAGAGUCAAAGGGAGUCUCCAUGUAUGGGAACUGUUUUAUAGAGGAUGGGGCAGAGGCACAACUCCAGGAAUUCUCCAACUCCUGGUCAGGCAGCCAAUCUGAAAAACAGGCGUGUGGAAACACAAAAAUGAUGUGUAUGAAAAGCAGCUGAUGAAAAUAUUUGUAAGCAGAUCAUCUUUAUGAUUAGAACAAUUUGCUCAAAGUCCUGGAAAAUGCCUGGUAACCUAGUACCUAGAAUAUUAUAUGAUUCCAGGGGAUGGGUAGAGGCAUUUCUGUUGUUAUCUUUGAAACAUUUUUGUAUCAAAAAUCAGAUUGCUGGUAGGUGUGUUGUUUUGAAGUGUUUGAUCUGGAUUUAGCAGGUGAAGAUCCCUUUCAAUUAUUAAGGUAUAAUAGGCCGUAAAGCUGAUUUACCCUACUGCUGGACUUUGGAAAUCCUAGUUAGUUUGGACUCCUGUAAUUCAGAGCAUAUGUCAUUGGAAGACUUCCUGGAAAUCAGUGUAAAUCUUGCAACACAGCUCUCAAGAUGCCGCUGUAUAAUAUGGAAUUGUUUGUCUGCAAAUGCAUUUUUCAUCUAUAAAAUGUCAUGAAAGAAAAUAAAGAUAGUGAAAUAUGGACAAAGGACAUUUAUAUAUUAACUAAAGUUGUUUAUGUUUGUGUUCUUAAAUUUAAAAUACGAAAAAAAAAAUGUCUUUCUUGUUAGUGAACAGGCCUAUUUUAAAUAUCUUAGUAUGAUAUCAAAAGAAUAAUCGAUUUAGUUACCUCCCAACUAAAAAGUAAAAAUAAAAAAGACGAUAUGGCAGAAGUUGAAACAAACUUGUGUGUAUCUGUAUGUGACCUCUAGAUGGAAAUAAAAGUUUGGUGUUUGCUAGCGGUGGUCCUUUUGGCUAUGGUUGCGGUUCCCCUGUAAAGCAAGUGUACUUAAGUCAUCAUUCAGAGUGAGAGAGAGAAAGCAGGGCUGAGGCUGAGUCAGCUGACUGUUGAGGAAGGCCUAAGGAGCUGUCCAGUUCUUGGCUCUUUUUCACUGUGACUACACAGCGGUUUCCUUCUUCAUAGUCCCUCGCUGUAGUCACCAAGAGAGCAUGCUAGUGUUUUCCUCUUGUACCUGCUUAUGCAGAGCUCAGAUAUAUGAAAAAUUUGUAUGCUUUGAAGGCUGCCAAAGCAUUUAUACUCUGAACAUAGUUUUGACUGCAACUGCUUUGGCUACCAGUUUAAACCGAAUUCUUCAAAAAGCGUGAACUCGUUUUCAUUCAUUAGCCCUGUUUACAAUGUGGAUUUUGACAUAAAUGAAUUUGAUUUUUUUUUAGCUCCAGUAACAUAAUGGAAUAAGAUCUAUUGCCAUAAAUUGUAGUUAAGAACUGUAAGGCAAUCAGGCAGUGAAACUUGAUAUUGUAUUAACUUAAUAGGAACCCUGUGUACAAUUUAAAAUAUUUGUAAAAUGUCACUGUGAAUUUACAGGCGUCUUUUUGUCAUUCUUUAACAAUGAAUUUCCCCUGUGCAUAGUUAUUAAUGGUAUUGGUAUUAUUAAAAACUAAUUUGUAAGAUUGGCAUUUUAAGCAAGUUGAGGUGCUUAGGAAACAUUGUAGAAUAAGUUUGAGGAAAUGUUAGCUGACACAGCUGAGAGAUCAGAUUUUCAUGUUCUACCACUGUAAUGGAACCUCAUUUAGACCUCUCUAGACCUUUGCUAGCUGUGUGGUCUGUGGACCAGUAAGUAGGAUUGGUGUUAUCUGGUAUCUUGUUAAAAAUGCAGAAUUUCGUGCCACUCUAGGUCUACUAAAUUAGAAUUUGCAUUCUUAACAAGGUUCCCAAGUGAUUUUUAUGAGAAGAAAGUAAGAGUGCAAACAAAUUACUUGUCUAAUAUGUAGAAUUCCCAGUGGUCUCACAGCCCUAGAUCAAAUGUGUCAGACACCAGAUCAUUAUAAUCUUCAUUGGUUUUGACAGCUAAUUAAUUAGUUUAAUAAUAUUGACAUAUGGCUUCUUAAGUAUUUGAAUUCUAAAUUGCUAAUGAUCCUUAUUUUUGCAGUAAAAAAGUAACACUUUAUAUUUUUCUUGUUAACUAUAAAUUGAAUCAGAGCUGUAAAUGCCUGAAAUUUUAAGUAUGAAAAGGGGCGCCACCCUUUUAUAUACUGCACAACAAAUUUGCAUUUGUAUAUUCUCUUAAAAAAAUCUCUGAAGGCUUACUCAGUGAAAUGGUCCUGAUUUUUUGCUUCAAAUGAUUUGCACUAAUUGAUUUUCUGGAGAGUGGAGUUAUGCUAACAAGAAAAUUCUUUUAUAGUUCCUUUGAUACUAUUUCAAAUAAGGAUUACACAUUGAAAGUUUUUAUAGAAAUUAUGAAAAUUGGAUAAUCUUAACUAUGGUAACCAUUACUAUUAUCCAUACUACUUUCUCCCCACUUAACUUUCAAAUUUGAAAGUUGGGGUAGCUUUUGUAGGUCACUUUCUUAUAAAGAUGCUGAUGGUCACAGACCUCCUAAGUAUCCAGAAUAAUAUUUUUAUCAUGAGAAGGACUCCACACAAAACUGGGGUCUUGCACCCCAUAUUUCAGAGGAUCUGAACAGAAAUUGUGGCUUCAUUGCACAUUUUAAAUCUCUAUAGAUUCUUGAAAUCACCCAACCUCUCACAUUUGAAAACCCAACGGCCUGGAGUAUUCUGGUGGCACUGGAGCCAGCACUAGCUUUUUGGAAUCCAAGUGGGGAGAGAAACAAAGUAGACUUUUCAAGGGACUGUCCCAGACUACCCAGGGCAAAUGUCUUCCCUUCCCUUCCUGAAGCCACAGGAAAGCACCCUGGAGUCCUUUGUAUACCAUUAUGGAAAUUUUUAAGGCAAGCUCUCUAGACUUGAAGAGUUGGAAUUCUCAGCAUUUAAAUGAUGACUGAAGUUUGUUUUGAAAAAGCAAUAUUUCAUUGCCCUUUUCAAUUGUGAAGCAACUGCUCAGCAGAUAUUACUCAUUUUUUUAAAAAGUUGAAUUAAAGGGAAAUAUAUUUUUAAAACCAAAAUAGAUCAAAAUGAUCCCAGUUUUAAGGAAUUUUGCCUAUUUUGGAAGAAUAAAACUAAAAUGUUAAAACUUGAAUUAUGGAGAACAGAUGUACUCUGAGACAUAAUUUUAAACAAAUAUUUAAAAUAAGGCAGGUUAACAUUUGCGUUUAGGCACAAUAAAUCUAUAUUAAAGGGAAGCACAUCAAGGAAAUAUAUAUAUGUUGCAUAAUGUAACUGAAAAAUAUUUUUUAAAAACCACUUAAAAAGAAAAAUAAUUUGAUGGGUACUUUAAGCAUUGUAGAUAGAAAUUAAUGUAUAAUAGUGUCUUCCCAGUCUUUGUAUGAAAAAUUAAAAUUCUCUAGUCCUUUAAUGAGCAUGAAUUUAUACUUCUACAUUUGUUGCUUAGUAAAAUUGUACUCAGUACAUUGAGUUAUUCAGAUUUAUGUUUAAUAUUGUUAAAUUCUUCAUCAGAGAGCAUAAAUAUAUUGUCUUCUAUACUUUGUAACUUGUGCAUGUCUAAAGAAACUAACAAUGAACAUUUUGGGAGAUGUUUUUGUGUUUUUUUAUAGUAGAGUUUUAGAGUACAUUUGUCUUAAUAGGAAGUUUUUACCAUAAACCCAAGAUUUUAUUUCACGUAUUGUUGCUUUCUCUUAUAUGGAACUUAUUGUGUACCUCUUACCUUUAUUUCUAAUCAUUUAGUGAUACUAAUCUUUUCAUAGUAAAUAUAUUUGUUUCUAAUUGUAUUCCUAGAGCUUACAUUCCUAAAGAAUAAACUAUGACUUUGGAUAUUUUUAUGUGUUCCCUACCUUCUUAAGGCUAUGGAAAUAAACUGGAGUUUAGUUUUUUGAAUUUUUGUAUAUUUGUGUAAAUGUUCUCCAUAAGCAGUACUUUAUACAACAAGUGUUGCCUCUUGUUUUAUUGAAAUAAAACUGAA